AUGCUCUCCUCCGUAUCUUCCCUAAUGGGAAAAGUAGGCGAAUCCACGACAAGCCUCGGCUCAUCCCUAGCCUCCCAAAUGAGCGAAGAGCUCUCGCCCACCGUAUUCGAGGACCGUUUCCGGCGUCUCUCCCUCUCAACCCGGAAAAUCUCGCGCGAGGGCGGCCGCCGACUGUCGCAUAUGGUCUCCAAAAUGGGCGAGACCAUCGACCGGGAAAUGCUCGAAUUUAUUGGCGAAAAGCCGGCGGCGCCCCUGUUCGGCACGUCGUACCUCAACCGCGAGUGGGAGAUUGUCACCGUCAAGGAGAUGUGCAGACGGUUGUCCCUCGACGAAAUCGACCACAUCGAGAUGCCGAUCCCGGAGGGGGCCAAGAGCUCGCAGAUUCUCGACGAGCUCAUGAUUCGACAGGUGAUGGAAAUCCUGCCCGCCCGCGCCGAGGGCUACCCCUGGGUGAACAUCUACAACUCGGAGAAGCACGGCUUCAGCCUCGCCACAUUGUACAGAAAAAUGGCCGAAUUCGACGAGGACAUGUCGCCGGUGCUGCUCAUCAUCCGCGACAUCAACGAACACGUCUUCGGCGCCAUCGUGUCGUCGCCGAUCCGACCGCAAGAGGGCUACUCCGGAACCGGGGACUCCUGCUUGCUGUGGAGGUUUACCGGAGAAGUGCCUCAUACAAGGGAACUUCGACACUACACGUGGACCGGCGACAACCAGUACUUCACCAACGCCACCCGCGAAAGCCUGUCGAUAGGAGCCGGCGGAGGCCACCAGGGACUUUGGCUCGACGCCGACCUGAACCACGGCCGAUCCCAGAAGUGCGAGACGUUCGACAACGAGCCGCUAACCGGCGACAAGGAGGACUUUAUCAUCCAAUUUGUCGAGGCCUACGGCUUCCGCAUG